ACGACGAUCAUCUCUGGAGUCUGUUGGCACGCCCUAAUAGCUUCAAACCAUGAGGCUUCUAUGGCUCUUGUUGCCUCUGGCACCCUCCGUUUUCUCAAAACCGACCAAUGAUUCGGAAUCGCUGGUCUGGGGCGCGUACCGUCCGAACCUGUACUUUGGGCUGCGUCCACGGUUACCACAGUCUGUUAUGACCGGGCUGGCGUGGUUUGGAACGCAAGACUACCAGUCUAUUACUCGGAUACGGCACGCAUGUGACCAAGGGGACGGACUUGACGGGUAUUCCUGGACUGAAUAUGACGCGCGGGAAGGAGGAGAGCAGGUCAUCAAGGAUGGGGUGAACAACGUCAAGAUCACAACUCAGUUCCUUAAGGUGCCUGGAGGAGAACAUGGCGGCAGUUGGGCAGCGAGAAUCAAAGGAGAGCCUAUUGACCCAGCGCGGCAGUCCCGUGUCUCCCCCGUAUUCUACGUCGGGAUGGAGGGCCUGGGCGGGAUUGACAUGGAUACCGUGGAAGACGAAAACGGAAUCAAGGGGCCCAUAAGCUUCACGGGAUCCACACCCGACCUGGAUGACUUUACUAUUCGCAUCAUCGACGGCCCUCAAAAUAACCUAAUCACGGAAGGUCUGCACGCGAAUGAUUUCGCGCACAAACUUGGUCGGACACACUUCUUGGGUGCACGCGUACCGGCCGGUACCGUAUGGCAAGCUAAAGAGAUAAUCCAGGGAGCUAUUGUACGAACUGCACAGCAAGGAGCUGCGUCGUACAAGGACACGCCGAAGGGUUUCCCAGAUCCGGCGUUCGUUCUCCAGCUACCCGACGAAGUCUACUCUGGUAGCAACCUUUUUGCCGUGCAGAAGCACUUUGAUGGGCCGUUCCAGUUUGAUGUGCUCUUCGAAAGCGCUAGUGCGAAGCAGAAGCUCAGUUCUGACGUCCUGGAUGAGGGCCUCGCCACGCUCUCCGCCGCAUAUAACGACCGUUUCGACUCCGUCUUCCCGGUAUCAGCGUAUGAGACGUCUGACCCAGAGUCUCUGAGAACGUUCUCCAAGGCUAUCACGUCCAACCUGAUAGGAGGUGUUGGUUAUUUCUACGGCCCGUCAAUUGUGGACAGGUCUUUUGCCUACGAGUGGGACCAGGACGAAGAUAGCGAGGACGCUGGCGAGAAGUCUGGCCCAACUCUGGCACCGGCGAGGGAGCUCCUUACGGCGACACCGAGCAGAAGUUUCUUCCCCCGUGGUUUCUACUGGGACGAGGGUUUCCAUCUCCUCCACAUUGGUGAGUGGGAUAAUGACUUGAGCCUCGAAAUCCUCAAGGACUGGAUCAACCUCAUCGACGAGGACGGCUGGGUCGCGCGCGAACAGAUCCUCGGUGAGGAAGCACGUAGCCGGGUCCCCUCCGAGUUCCAGACCCAAGUCCCCACCAACGCCAACCCGCCCACGCUCACCAUGGCCGUCACCGCGUUCAUCAACCGCCUGCGCGCCCAAAAGGGGCCGAGCGAGCAGGACCUCGGGCUCGACUAUGGCCUCGGCUCGCAAGUCCCGCUCGGCGUCUCCGAUGCGUCCACCGGCGGCCCCGGGCGUCGCUUCCUCGACGAUCCCGAGCUCGCGGUCGAGUACCUGCGCUCGAUCUACGCGCCGCUCAAGCGGCACUACGAGUGGUUCCGCCGCACGCAGCGCGGGCAGAUCAAGCAGUACGGGCGCAAAGCACGGUCGCGCACGGAGGCGUUCCGCUGGCGCGGCCGCUCGCAGCUGCAUGUGUUGACGAGCGGGAUGGACGACUACCCGCGCGGGCCGCCGAGCGCGGGCGAGCUGCACCUCGACCUGAUAUCGUGGAUGGCGUUCUUCGCGCAGACGAUGCGCGACAUUGCGGAGUUCGUCGGGGAGACGGACGACGCGGUCGCGUUUGAGGAGAUCGCGAAGGCUACGAUCGAGAACAUCGACGACCUUCAUUGGAACGAGGAGAACCAGAUGUACUGCGACGUCGGCGUGAACGACGAAGACGAAUCCUACCACGUCUGCCACAAGGGCUACCUCUCGCUCUUCCCCUUCCUCCUCUCGCUGCUCCCCGCAGACUCGCCGCACCUCGGCGCGAUCCUCGACCUCCUCCGCGACCCCGCGCACCUCUGGUCCCCACACGGGCUCCGCAGCCUCUCGGCCGCACACCCCGAGUUCGGGCAGGGCGAGAACUACUGGAAGGGCCCGAUCUGGAUCCAGAUGAACUACCUCGCGCUCAGCGCGCUGCACAAGACGUACGCGGCGCAGGAGGGCCCGUACCAGGAGCGCGCGAAGGAGAUCUACGCGGAGCUGCGCAAGAACGUCGUGGACAAUGUGCACAAGGAGUACGUCCGCACGGGAUACGUGUGGGAGCAGUACGACGCCCUCACCGGCGAGGGCCGCAGGAGCCACCCCUUCACCGGAUGGACGUCGCUCGUUACGCUCAUCAUCUCGGAGAAGUACUACUAGUAGUCCUUGUAUCGCGCGCGCCGCCCUCUGCUGGCCGUGUGCCCGCGGGCGUGUUAAUUUAUUUCUGGC